GCGGGCGGUGAGUGAGCGGCUCUAUGGGACACAGCAGCUUUCAGCCAUUUUUCAAUUGUGUGUUGCCUCCCUCAGCAGCCGCCUUUGCUCUCUCCAGUUGCGGGGAAGGUUUAGGACCGAUCCGUUGUCGGCAAGAUGGCCCGUACCAAACAGACAGCCCGUAAAUCCACCGGCGGGAAGGCUCCCAGGAAGCAGCUGGCCACCAAGGCGGCGAGGAAGAGCGCGCCCUCUACCGGAGGGGUGAAGAAGCCUCAUCGUUACAGGCCGGGUACCGUGGCUCUCCGUGAAAUCAGGCGUUACCAGAAGUCCACUGAGUUGCUGAUUCGCAAACUUCCUUUCCAGCGCUUGGUUCGUGAAAUCGCUCAGGACUUCAAAACAGAUUUGCGCUUCCAGAGCGCUGCUAUUGGUGCUUUGCAGGAGGCUAGUGAAGCCUAUCUGGUCGGAUUGUUUGAGGACACCAACUUGUGUGCUAUCCACGCCAAACGUGUCACAAUUAUGCCAAAAGACAUCCAGCUAGCACGCCGCAUACGUGGAGAGCGUGCUUAAAAAUAAAAAAUUCCUAUCUUGAGAUAAACAUUUGUCAUCUUCAAACCCGAAAAAAAAUAAAUCUCUUCUUCCGUGUAAUUGGUAGUUUGAGCGUUUUAGAUAUAUUUUUUUUCUUCAUGGGGUUAAAGGUACCUAAAUAUAUGAUAGUGAAUGGAAAAUGUAGGGGGGCAGGUUCUAAUGUGCUAAAUUUCUUCCAUUUUCAUAUGUGUGUGAUUUUUACAUGAAAGGGUCAGUCCAUCCAAAACUGAUAUUCCAACUAUGGACGGGUGCUGGUGGCUACUGUCACCAACUUAACUACCUGUACACUUUACAGAAUACAGUGGUGAUGUCCUGCCGCCGUACCCCAUAGGCAUGUCUCUGCAAAACAAGUCUUAAUUCUCCUGCUGCAGUCUAACGUAACCUUAAAGGGAAACUCUAAUUGGGAAUAACCUCUGGCUGUUUGUAUUUGGUGCUUUUCUAAUAGCGUAUAUUUUUUUUUUAAGCUUCUGUCUCUAGUUAAAGGCAGCUGGCAUUCGAAUUCUGUAUUUGAAUCAUUACACGGCCACUAAUGGCUACUAAGUUUUGUGCAGUCAGCAUGCUGUCAGAUUUCUGCUUUAUUUCCUGCUGUUGACUAAAAUAUUUAUAAAAAUAAAAAAUUCCUUCCCAUAUGUCGCAAUGAAGACAGGGAAAAUGGUGAUUUACAUAUUUUACGUUUUAUGUUGAUUGGCCUCAUGGCAGGUGAGCAGAGUAAGAACUUGGAGAUUCCGUGUCUAAAUUUCCAGAGCUAUAAGAAGCUUGUGGGUGACCUGACCCACCACAAUCUCUCCCAAAGUGAAAUAUCCGUUUUGGAUUUACUGGCAUUAUGUAUGUAAAGUGUACCUGGUCACAUACACUUAAAGGAAGAAGCCACUUUGGAGCCAAAGCCAUUAUCUAGUCUUUAAAUUUGGCUAGGAAUCGGCAAAGCUAUUUGAGGUUCUUGAUGCGUUCAAUUCCUUUUUAAUUCAGAGGGCGUACUUGUUAAAAGGAAUAUGUCACAUGUCAGCUCAUCAGGAGGCUAUUUUCUACCUUUUUUGAAGCAGCAAUUUCUGUCUCCUGGUAAUCCAUGUUAGUAUUCGAACAUUGAACAUCAAGUCAUCGAGCUUUACAUGCCCAACCCAUGGAAGUCGGGUAGCGCCACUUCCACGUAAGAGUUUUGACUGAGCCAGAUAUGCAGGCAAGUAACAUUUCCUUCUAGUGUUCCUAAAACGGCAGACCAUACAGUGCAUGUGACAGGGUACUCUUCAAACACAUUCAACUACUACAACAAACUUUGAGUUAAACAGAGAAAAAAAACACCUCAACUUUAUAAUAAAAAAUAUAAAUAGACCUGUUAAAACUUUUUUUUCUGGACAAUGCCAGCAUUUGGAUUUUUUUUUUUUUUUUAAUAAGCAAAUUUUCUUAUUGAUGGCAACUAAAUGUUUGUAGCAUUUUACCAUGUGGUAAAUUCCAUCCAUUCACUCUUAUUAUUAUUUUUUUUUAAACUGAGUUUUCCUGCAUUCAGAUACAUGUUUUUAAUGUUGUCUGUCUUCUGUGCUGUUCUGUAAGUUUGCUAUUAAAAGACAUUAAACCAC